GCGGCGCGAUGGCGACGGCUCUGCGACUGCUGGCCGCAGCUCGGGGGGUGUACUUCAGCCAGGGCGGCCAGGCCGGCGCGGCGGCGGAGUGGUACGGUAAGAUGCUCUUUGGCCUCCACGUGGCGAUCUUCCCUGCGGCCGACCCCGGUUAUUGGCACGAGCGGGUCCUGUUGUGGCCUACCAGUCCCGACCUUCCCCCUAGGAGAUGGUUCGUGGCUUCACCUGACGGAGACAUAUACGCCGAGCCGAUCAGGGCUGGCAUGGGAUGGGGAUCCCGCUUCGCCAUCCUCGACUACGCGGGCGGCAAUGCGGACAUCCCGUCGGGAACGUGGUACGCCCUUGAGCCGCUGCCCAGCGACGAUGACCUCGCGCGGCACACCACCGAGGCUAUCGAGGAGGCAGCGCUGGACGGGAUCCGCAUCGCCGCGCAGGUUGAGCGGAGGUACCUUCGUCGUGAUGGUCGAGAGGUGCCGCUAGCGGACCUCGUGCCGCUACCGCCCCCGCUGCAGACGACCGAGCCCCUGGUGGAGGGGCCUCCCGCGGGAGAUGCGGCCCAGCCUGCGCUGGGGUCGGACACGCCGCGCGGUGGCCACGUGCCCGAGCCUGGGCGUGCAUGGGUCAGCCUCGAGACGGCGCCGGGCCAGAUCGCCCGCGACGAUGAGGUGGAGCUCAGUGAGACCGCCCUUGCGCAGCGCUCCCAGCGUUCUGGCAUCCCUCAGGCCCGUCUCGUCAAUCAGCGGUUCCACGGGGAG